AUGGAACUUGAUAACUCUGAAAAAAACAAAGUUGAAAUUAAUCCUCUAACUAACCAAGAAAUUUUUGAUAUCAAAGUUUUUGAAGAUGGUUCGAAAAUAGGUCAAUCCAUUUUUGACAACGUUGAUUAUAUUUCCAUCAAUGAUGAUAUUGAAACCAGCAGUAUUCUAUCGGUUCAGUCGCCAAAAGAUAGAUCAUCUUUUUAUUUGAACGAUGAUGACACCACCAACCUUUAUGAUAUAAAUGAUGUUGAUUUGAUUAAUUUUAAUGCUUUACAAAAAGAUAUAGAGGCAUAUUUUAAACAAUCUUGUUCUUCAAUCUUCAGAAUAGAUCAAAAUAUGAGCAACCAUACUCCUUAUCUUGCAAUUAUGAAGGAUGGUUCUGAAUAUGUUGUUCGUUUAUCAUCUCCUAUCAACCAAAUUCACAAAUAUUCUAAAACUUAUACGUCAAAACGAUUACAAAGUGAAGCCUCCAUGAUUAAUUACGUAGCUAAACAUACUGAUAUUCCAGUUCCUGAGAUAUACUAUUGGAAUGAUGAUAGUGACAACGUUAUUGGCACCGAUUUUGUAAUAAUGAAACAUUUACGUGGCGUUCCUUUAUAUAACGAAUGGCCGGAUCUUACAUUUGAAGAAAAACAAGAUGUUUUACUUCAAAUAAUUGAUAUCUUGAUGAAAUUAAAAAAUUUACAAUUUCCAAAAAUAGGAAGUUUAUACUCAAAUGAAUGUAAAACUAAUGAUCAAGUAGUUAUCG